UAUAAUGCUUUGGUGCGUCCAAGGAUAUAUAUAUAUAUAUAUAUAAAUAUAACAAGAGUCCCAGGGAUUUAUAAAGGGCCACAAGAACCAGAGUUCCCUCAAUUCGCUCUUCCAAACCAAGCCCCCCACAAGUCAGACACAGAGCUUCAGAGUCUCUUCAAUGGCGUUAGCUGUGGAAGGCAAAGCCAGUAUGCUUGUGUUGCUCGCCGCCAUAUUUGCUUCAUUGCAGGUCUGCAUUGCUUCAGUUUACACGGUGGGUGACUCUGCUGGUUGGACAUCCAUUGCCAAUGUUGAUUACAAGCAGUGGGCUGCCACCAAGACCUUCCAAGUUGGAGAUGUCAUCUAUUUCCAGUACAAUCCUCAGUUUCAUAACGUGAUGCAAGUGAGCCACGCGGAGUACCGAUCCUGCAACUCUUCUUCCCCGAUGGCCAGCCACACCACCGGCAACGAUUCCAUCACCAUAACCCGUCACGGCCACCACUUCUUCCUCUGCGGCGUCCCCGGCCACUGCCAGGCCGGCCAGAAGGUCGACAUAAGCGUGCCCCGCACCUCUUCGCUGGCUCCCACAGCCACAGCCGCCGCCUCUCCUUCCGCCCACAGUACUGACGCAGCAGCUCCGGCAUCGUCGCCUAGCAGCGCCGCCCCGUCCCCCACUUUGAUGGGCCGUCUUCAACAGCUCGGUCUUUCCAUGGCUCUUCUUGCAGCUUUUGCAUGAUCAUGGGAUGGGAGCUCAGUUCUCCAGUUCAGCUUCUGGGUUUUUAAAUAGACUACUUCUCUGUCAAUUGAUCGUCUUCAUUUAGGCAUAAACAAAUGUAUGGAUCUUGAUUUGAAAUUAUCAUGCAUGUUGCAGCUUAAGGUUUUGGCUCUUGAUUUUC